UGACAACAGUGACUGUCUGACGGCCGCAUUAGUGUCAAGAAAAUCAUAUUUUUGAUUCAGCGAGUGGAACAAGUUUAAUAAAAUUCAAUAAGACAAAUAGUGUUUGAAGUUUAUUUACUGCUCUUGUGAUAGUAGGAGUGAAUUGCAACUUGUAUUAAUGAUGUGAUGGUUCUAUUUAAAUAAUUUUUGUUUAUAAUUUUGAACGAUGGAGAUCUCUGGAGUGGGUAAAUCACCAAAUUCGUCACUAAGCUUCAGGUACAAUGCCAACAAUGAGGAGUUAGAGGAAUUGUACCAUGUUUGUGAGGAUGACCCUCCAACUCCACAGUGUGACCCUCCUCCUAGCACACCCAUUGAGAAUGCCAGCCCCAAGAGAGGAGAAAGAUCAUCAUCUAUCAUAGACAAGUACUUCAAGUCUAUGAGGGCAGAGAAACCUGUUGAAAAGCCAAUUGAAAAAUCUGAAGAUGGCAAGUCUGCUGAAGGAAAACAGGAUGAAGCGAAGCCGGUGCCCAAGGAAGUGUCAUCAUCCCCUAUGAAGGAUUACUUGAACCGCCUGGGCAAGCGGAGUACUCCCGAUGUGACACCUGACGUGAAGGAAGCACCCAAUGAGACUUGGAAGAUAUUCCAUGACUUCAAGUUUAAGAUUGCUCAAGCAGUUGAAGAUAUGAAGACGCGUUCAGUAGAAGAAACCAAGGAAAAAGUAAUGCCAAGAGAAAAUUCAACAUCAGAUUCGGAAGAGAAUUCAGCAAUCAAGGACUCUGAUCAGCAGAGUGUUGGAGAUACAGACAACCAGGUAUCUUCCCUAGACAGCAGUAUACAGAACUUAUCGGAAAUGACGCAACCUCUGACGGCUAAGCCCAAUGAACGGGACCCAAGUCUUCCUGUAGAUAACAAGAACUACUCGGAUUCUAGCGAUGAUACACACAAGAAUUUAGUACUAGGCAAUGAAUCAGCUGAAGUAAGAAGAGAUUAUUUAAAUGACAGUAUGAUGGAAGUGGAAUCGGGUGUUGAGGCUUUAGAAGAUACCAUAGAUGGUUAUGGGGAAAUCCACAAUGUAGAUCCUCUAGUAUCCAGCGGAAAGCCUAUGGACACAGACCCAUUACCUCCACCCCUUAGCUCGGCCAAUUUCGGAUCACCUCCAAGCAAGAAUAAUAUGCAAAGCCCGCAAUUGUCAACAAAACCUAGCUACUUCUUCAACUUUUCAAUGUACUUCCUAACAUUCCUCAUUUUCAUAAGCUACGUACUGUGUCCAAAUUCGAAUGUCUGGAACGGUUUUGUGCUCGGUCUGUGGUUCUUUUGUUUUACGAGCAAUUUGAAGAGCUGGCUGUUGGACACUUACUUUAGCGAGUUGGAUCCAAAAAGUUCCAACCUUCUUCAACUGAAGCGAAGCAGUGCUAUGCCAGCCACUUACACUAUACCUUCAGUGAAAGAACAUAGGCCUAUAAAAAAAUAUGAGGGCUGGAUAAACCACUACAGGUUUCCGGAUUACGAUCCGAGCUCAUAUCACAUCAACAAGACAACGACGGCGUUUAUGAAGCUCGAAGGUUGCAACCUGAGGAUAUCGUAUACUUCGACUAAAAUACCAAAGAGGGAGCUAUGGGAUGAGAAACUGGACAAGGUAGCGUUCUACCAACAUAGGCUGUACAAUUUGACUGGUGCCAGGGUUAUACUGCUGCCAAAAGGAUUGGUUAAACGGAGACAAUGGAGCAAAAAAUACCCAAUAUGCAUCAUACUAAACGAGAAAGAAAAGAUUCAAGUAUUAGAGAAGGAAACUUCUGUGUCCGACAAGAAGGCAGCAGAGGUCCCUUCUGAAAAGAAGAAGGAACAACAUCAACACGAGGAGACUGAGACGAACACGAGUCCGGAGAAGAGGCGAAAAUUUGUAUGGAGGAGACGAGAAAAGAGCAGUUCACAUUCCGACGGGGAGACAGGGAAGGAAGGCUUAAGACAUAGACUUGUUAGGAAAAUGCACAGAGACAAGAAAACAGACAGCGUUUCCACGGCAACGGAGCCCGUGGAGACUCAAAGCCAGAGUCACGUGAGAACAGAAAGGGCGCUCAUGUCCGAAGAUUCCUUCCACGACCAUGAGAUAGAACUCACCUCCAAGUCGGUCACCAGCACCAAGGAUGAAAAUGACGAAGAACUCGACGAUACAGAACUGUCGAAGAUUAAAGACUUUUUGGAGGAGACGGAAAUGGAGAUAGCCGCGGACGGCACGGGCGAAGGCGAGUGGAGCGUGCACGUAAAGAAUUCCAGAGACAAGCAUUCUCAUCUUUACCUGUUCACGCGCACGGGAAGAGAUAAACAUGAAUGGUACCGUCGCCUAGUAAUAGCAAUAAACGAGGGUAACGCAGCCUCAGCCGAGAACUCGUGCGCAGAAGAUAAGACGGCCAGCGACGAGAGCAAGGAAAGCAAGGACAAUAUAGAGCUGGCUGUUUACAAGCUCACUGAGAAAGAAACUGUGGCUUUUGCUAAGUCUUCUAGUAAAACAAUAGAUUCGUUAACCGACGGCGGCGGUGUGACGAUCACGUCGAUAUCGCAGCCGAUGCCAUCAGAUACGGACUAUGAGAAGACCUUCUGGCCCUACCUCCUCAAAAUCAUACAGCAAAACAAAAACUCGACAUCAGAAUGUUCGUGCAGAAUGCUACCUGCAGAAGUGACGUGGGUGAACACAGUGCUAGCGCGGAUCAUGUACGACCUGAUGCGAGACCCCGUCAUGAUCAGCCGCCUGCAGAACAGGAUACAGAGGAAACUGCACACCCUCAAGCUGCCGUCAUUCAUGUCUCCGCUGCUGGUGACGUCGCUGUCGCUGGCGGGCGCGUGUCCGCUGGUGGAGCGAGUGCUGGCGCCCGCGCUCGACGCCCGCGGCGUGUGGCUCGACGCCGACCUGCGCUACGACGGCGGCGCCUACAUCGCCAUCCUCACGCAGAUCAACCUGCUCAAGCUGAAGGAGAAGAAUAUGACACUAGAAGAUCAAUUACUGGCGGCCAGUGAGGGACUGGACUGCGAUAUACAGACUUCUUCGUCGGCAGCCGCCUACUCGGACCAGUCGUUACGGAUGAGAAAACCAGCAAUAUAUGACUCUGACGUAGAAGACUCGGCGGAGUCGAGCAGCGAUGACGAGAGCCCGCCCGUACAACCGGUCGAUAGCAAUGAAACUUUAGCACCUUCUGAAACUGCGUCACUAAGUAACGCAGAAGGAACGUCUUCUAAGAAAAAGUUCUUACGUAUGGUCGACAAGAUCGCCACCAAUAAAUAUUUCCAACAAGUGACAGACUACAAGUACGUGAAACGCGCCAUGGAGGGACUAUCGAACACGGAUAUCAAGCUACACCUAGAAGUGCACGCGUUAGAGGGACGUUUAGCUGUCAACCUGCCGCCGCCGCCGCAUGACAGAGUCUGGAUAGGAUUCCGCACGAACCCGCAGCUAAUACUAAAAGCUCGGCCGGCCGUAGGAGCCCGUACUCUCCGCUUCGCACACAUCACCAACUGGAUCGAGCAGAAGCUCAGCAAGGAGUUCGAGAAGGUUCUAGUUCUGCCUAACAUGGAGGACAUCAUCGUUGACGUCAUGACCCCCACGCCCGUACAGUUCGAAUAAAAUCAAACCUUAUGUCAAAGGAAUAAAGUGGGCUUUUGUCAAGCAAUGUUCGAUUUAGAUCGCAUUUUGAGUUUCGUAACUGGCUGGUAAGUGUGAUUUAAAAUUACAUUUACUUUGAAUUAGAACGUUUUGUGGCCUGGUUGCAUUAGUUACUGAUAAAGUCUAAAACGGCUAUCAAGAAGUUAUCUGAUAGAUAAACUGUCACUUGGUUUCGCAGAUCUCAGACAGCAAUAUCUGGCAGAUAGCAUUAACUAUCAGAUAACAAAACUGUCAUUUUAUCGGUAACCAGUGAAACUAGGCCUAAAUAUGAUUAAAAAUUUGAUUACGAGAAGUAAUGAAAUGGCAAUUUGAUAGUAUUUUGUAUGUUUUGAAAGUUUGACGCUUUCUGGUACUGUAUUAAUAUAUUAAGAUUACUCAGGGUAUAGGCACAUGUAACAUGCCAACUGUUAUGUCGCCCAAAACGGUUCUUAUGCUUAUUAUUUAUUUAAAGAGAAACUUAUUUUAACUAUAUUGUUAUAAAGUCUACUAAUAAAUUAUUGUGUUGGAUUGCAAAUUAAUAUAAUUAUAGAACACUAGUUGUCAAUAACAUUUCAAUAUCAUUCCAUUAAUACAUUUCAACUACAUAUUCAACAGUUAUCAGAUAACUAAGUAUUCAAUGCCAAACUUGUGAUUGCUUCAUCUACAUAUUCCGUGAUACAAAACGUCAACUAUCGUAAAAGUCAACUAUUAUUAUUGAAUUGCUUUAAAUCUCUAAUUUUCAUUUAUACAUAUUCAGUAACAACUUUGAACUCAUAAUUUAAAAGAAUAAAAAUAAAUGAGACGUUAAUGUUCCUUUUUAAUUUAAACCGCAUAAAAUAUAAGUUCUUGAUUAAAAAACAUCAAAGUAGAGUUAUUCUGUAUGCAACUGUACUUGAUACCGAUUGCUCCGUUAAUAUUGAACAUAAAAUAAUAGAAAAAUUACAUAUUAUGCGAUAAUAAUGAAAAUUCUAAAUCUUGCCAUAAGAACACGAUAGGAACUUUAAAAUUCCCUUCACAAAAAAAAUGCCGAGCACUUGAAAAUAAACAACAUAAAUUGAGCUAAAAAUACAUACGUAAUAUUAAAAACAUAUAGCAAUUACGUCUGUGCAAUGAUUAGGAAUAAAUAAAAUAUAUAAUAAAUAAAAAUUAAUAUUAUUAAAAAUAACACUACGAUUUGUUUAGAGUAAGUUGUAAACGUAAAAACACUAAUAUAGUAUUUACUAAAAAUAGAUUUAUUGCGUAAAAUAUUUUUCUUUUGAGAUGUUGUGAAAAUUUUCCCAUUUGUACUAUAUACACGUUAAACGUUUAAAAUUAUUAAAUUAAUAUAAAUUGCCUAAAGUUGUGGUAGUUUGAUGUGCAACGUUCGCUCUUCAUUUCACUAGUAGAAAACAUACGAUUCUUAAACUAAAAAAUAACUUUAAAAAACAAGUUAUUUUUGAAAAUUACUAUUCUGCUAAUGGUACUAUAGUUUGUGAUUUUCGCUAUCAAAUAAUUUACAUAUUCAAUUAUUAACGUUGUUUUUAUUGGCACGACUACUGUUAACUCUACUAGAGCUAUAUUGGUUUCUGAAAUUAUCAUGUUAAUUUAUUUAUAUUUUGGCCACGUUUUGUUUAAAUUAAAAACGUAUUAACUGUGAUGCUGAGGCCGACAUAAAUUAGAAGUUGUUUGGCACGUUUAAACUAAACGACAACCUUGGUAUUGAUAAAUAAACUAAAACAAGUAGUAAUGAGAAAAGCAAGCGCUACGAAACUUCUUUUUAUUUUCGCCUUGGUUCUACCGUAGCUUGUCUUUCUUCAUUUCUUUCCACAAUCAUACCGCUAAAACUAUUUUAUUUCAAUGUUCCUAAUAUAUUUUGAUGUCUUGAGGAAGAAUUAACUUUUUAAAAUCAUCCUUCACCACUCAAACGAGCUUCCUCGCGUUACAAACAAAUGUUUUCGACAAUAAUUCCGUCUUAACCUGUUAUUAGUAAUUGCAAUAUCAAAUUUUAUAAAUAACAAGACUUAGAGAAAAAAAUAUAAAAUACUAUUAUAUCUAUUUAAAAAUAAAAUUAAUAUUUUGAAGAAUAUUGACCUGAAUGGUUUGAGUAGAUGUUACUAAUAUUUUUCUAGUAGUCGGCAUACUUCCUAAUCGUUUUUAUAUCGGCUUUUUCGUCUCUUAAUCUAAAUUUUGGCACCUUUAUUUCAUAAUUAUUUUCAAAUUGUAUCGCACAACUAAAUUACGCAUUGGCUUGCACGACGCAUAACCUUCAUUUCUUUCUGAGUGUGUAAGUGGAUAUUAUUGCAUUUUCAAUUGUUUUGGUUUUAUUACUGUAGGAUGACAACUUUUGAGCGUUGUUUUCAGAACCACUUGGAAGUGAAAAUAACGCUAUGUUAAGUAGGCACCGCAGCGCAUAUGAGGAUGUAUGUCCAUUGAAAAUAUAACAAGAAAAUAACUCUCAGUAGACUACGUGAAAUCUUUUCCUGUAUAUUUUCCUCCCUGUAUUUUAAUGGACAUAGAUCCGAAAUGUUUGAUUAAUCGUGUUGUAGAUAAAUGUGGUUUUAUUAUUGAGGAGUGCGAAUAUACAUUGGAGAUGGUUCCGAACUAUGAAGGCUGAUAGUACUUUGCUCAUUUUGUGGCGAAAGGUGACAGAGCGCGUGUGCUAACUUGUACGAAUUUAAAUACGUGAGGGAAUGAUUGUUAUGGGUCCUAUUACAGAAUGAGUGAGAGAUAAAAACUAAAAUACUAAUUGCAGAGAAAGGAUGAGAAUCUUUCUAAUUGUUCUGUAAUUGACCAUAAUCUGUAUUACCUACAGCUUAGCAUUAAUUCACUUUUGUAUUGCUACUAUUAAUAUAUUCACAUUAAAUGCCAAAUAGCCGUUGUAAUAUAGAUAUGUACUUGUUUUCUACAACUUAUUUUGCAUAAUGUAUUUCGUAAAAAAUCUUAUGAAUGUUUGGAUCAAUAUUGUUGCCUACAACCACUGUUGGACUGUUUUAGUGGUAUAAAUUCUAAACUUGUACAAUAUUGAUGUUCUAUCACAUAGUUAUCUCGUUGUUAUAAGUUACACAACUUGUUGAUACUCAAUUUCUCUGACGUAUGUAGUACACUGAAGACGUAUAUUUUGUAAAGACAUUGAAUACAUAUCAGUUAACACGUUUCAAACUAUGUACCUGUAUUUUGUCUCAGUUUAUAGAUACACGUAAUAGAAUUCUGUAGUUACGGCAUACGGAUAAUAAGAUUUCUCUAACUCUAUUCAAAAAUUUACUUUUGGUCGAACAGACUUUUGAGGUGGUGGCAACAAGUCCGGUUUUGGGAUAUUCAUAGUAAAACGGCUUAACCUAAUGUGUUCAUAAACUUCUGAAUACAAUGAAGUCUUAUGAAAGGGAAACAGUUCGACUUUCUGACUGUAAAAUAGUAUUUAUUAUUUAUAAUUAAUUUGUUAAAUACUGUCGAUCCGAUCCAUAUUUUAUUUCUAUUUAUUUCAAUAUGUAUAUUUGUUUCGUUAUUUAGUGAACAUUUUUUAUUUAAAACUCGAAUGUAAAGGAAUAUAUUUUGUUUUGUUUUAUUUAAAACUUCGAUCACUUAGUGGUUGGUAUUUCACAAAGUGUACCAAAUACGAAUGAAUGUCUAUGUAUAUAGUCUAUCAAAUUAUAAAGUGUUUAUGUGAUAUUAUAUAUAGUUAAGAGUUAAACCGUGCCGAGUAGUUUUUCUAUGUGGUAUCAGUUGUGAUUUUUUCAAUAAACGAAUUGCUAUAUUU